AUGACCGAUUGAAUUCUACUGCGGGAAAUGCUGGCCGAUCCGUUGCUCACGCAGUACAGCGUCAUUAUCGUGGACGAAGCACACGAGAAUUCUACUCACGACGAAGAACCGGGAGACAUUCUUGCGUUCCUGACAGGGCAGGAAGAAGUGUUAAAAGCACUCGAUCUUUUGCGUGAGCAUAAGGAGGCUAGUGGGAAGGUUGACUUGACAAUACUUCCCAUGUACGGAACGCUAUCCAACACGGAUCAGCUGAAAGUUUUUUUCAACGCCCCUUAGGGAGUUCGGAAAGUUAUUUUAGCUACAAACAUAGCGGAGACAUCAGUGACAAUUCCAGGAAUUGUUUAUGUUAUUGAUAGCGGAUUUGUAAAGUUGAACUGGUAUUCAGCCGAGAGCACCACUAACAGUUUGGUAAUAGUACCGACUAGCAAAGCAGCCGCGGAACAGCGAGCCGGCCGAGCCGGAAGGAUUCGCAGCGGAAAAGUCUACCGUCUCUAUACCGAAGAAGAGUGGGACAAACUAGCCGAUUAUGCUCCACCGGAAAUGCGCCGAACCGAUCUCUGCAGCACGGUUUUAUUUCUAAAAGCAUUGGGAAUUGAUAACAUCUUGCGGUUCACGUUUCCUUCACCACCACCGGCUAAGAAUCUGCUGGCUUCACUGGAGACUUUGUUCGCUCUGGAUGCACUCGACUCCGAUGGAAACUUAACGUCCCCGGUUGGUUAUUUCCUAGCAGAAAUGCCUAUAAAUCCGAUGUUGGCUAAAAUGCUGUACAACGCCGGCGAGAUGGGAUGCUCAGAGGAAAUUCUUAUUAUAAUAGCCAUGCUGCAAGCUCAAUCAGUUUUCUCAAAACCAGUGAGCGGCCAGGCGUCCAUACGAGCCCGUAUUGCGAAGCGUAAUUUUGAAGUUUCUGAGGGAGAUCUGAUCACACUUUUGAAUGUGUCCACAGCCUUUGUUGAAAAUGAUCGCACGAAAGAAUUCUGUGGACGAAAUUUUUUGAUUUAUCGUAAUUUGAAACGCGCACAUGAAAUCAAAACACAACUUUGCAGCAUGCUGGAACGAGAAUUAAACAUACCAGUGGUAUGAUUGUGUAUGAUGCCACUGCUUUCUUGUGGUGACAAUGUGGAAACUAUAUGCCGCUGCAUUGUGUCGGGAUUUUUUCCAUACGCUGCUUAUUUGCAUCAUUCUGGGGUUUACAAAACGGUACGAGGUGACACAGAGCUUUCGAUUUAUCCACUUUCGGCAUUGUAUACCAUAGAACAGCCACAAUGGGUUGUAUUUUGUGAACCUUUGCAUACUACCAAAUUGUUUAUGAAGGAUAUUACCGUUAUUAAACAAGAGUGGCUCACAGAACUGGCACCUCACUAUUACCAUAAAGUUACGGUCGUAAGAGAUAUUUUCUAAGCCUUAAUAUACUUGGAGUU